CCCAUACCUGCAUCGAUAUGUUGAGUCUCUUACUUAUCGCUAUCCCGUACACCUUCGCGCCAUAUGCUUAGCCCCCUUCUCGUUUUAUCAAUCAAAUGGUUCUUACCUAUUGUUCUUGCAACCUUACUGAGCUUCUGCUAGUGUACAGUACCCGCCGCAUACCCGUGACCCCCUACUGGCAUACCCGUGGUGUGUCCCAUAUCCGUGUCGGUUCUAUCCGUACUCACUCAAUCGUUUUUUCUAUCAGUACUGAAGUCGUUCUAAUUCACAGCUCAAUCCCGAGACACUUUACAUGUUUCGAAUUUGCUGUGCGCAGGGACAUUUUCUUGCGAAGUUGAGUUCUGUUGGGUUUCGAACACCGUCUCUCGGUCCCAGGAUGGUCGCUCCUCGGUUCGCAAUUGUACGAAGUUUGUCUACGAGCAUGUCGCCAACAGUUCGCUCGCUGGAAGGGUUCAGUACGAUUGGCACUGGGAUAUAUCUCCGGCAUAUCCGCGGACAAUCCCAGGAUAAUCAAUCACCAAACGUCAUUUUGAUAUUUGGGUGGAUGGGAGCACAACCCAGGCAAUUACGGAAUUAUACCCGUGAAUACGCCAAAUUAUACCCAAACGCGUCUCAGAUGGUUAUCCAGUGUAAUUACGACUUGCUCUGGACUACAAGGGGUGCUAGGUCACGGAGGCUCAAGCCUGCCAUUGAUGCCUUAGAAGCACUGCAUUGCUUGCCAUCUUCCUCUUCUACCCAACGGCCCCCACGAAUACUCACUCAUGUGUUCUCCAAUGGAGGUUGCCUGCAAAUGACACUUCUUGGACACAUGCUACAGCGGAAAUACGGUUCCGCAUCAAUUCCAGGGUCAUCUACGAGCGCAUUGAUCCUUGACUCGUGCCCAGCAGCGGGCGACUUAAAAUCAAUCAAACUCGCUGUCAGCACUGUCAUCCGGAAACCAAUUGCCAGACGCAUCGUACUUGCAAUCGCACAUACGACAUACGCCAUCCGCUUCGGCCUCUCUCUGCUGUUCGGUAAACGAAUGAUCAUGCUGGAAAACCUCCAGAUCGAAAUGUGGAAUCCUCGCAUCCUGUCAUGGAUGGGCCACCAUACACCCCGCCUCUACCUUUUCUCGCGCAAGGAUACACUGGUUUCGUGGCAAGAGGUCACGCGACAUGCCGAGACUGCGAAGGAGCGCGGAAUGGAUGUACGUUGCGAGCUGUUUGAAGAGAGCGCACAUGUAGCGCACGUCCGGGCCGAGCCAGAGAGGUAUUGGUCUUCGGUACAGGAGGUUUGGGCUGUCGCGACCAAGGAGAAAGGCGAGGAUUAGAUUAUAUACAACUGAUUAUAGAGUUUUGUUGGGGAGUCGAACAUGAAUGCACGGUGGCAAGCGUUAUCAAUGGGUCUGGCACGAGUCGGUUUCGGGGCCAAGGGCUCACAUCCCAGUGGUACGUAUUGGGCCCCGACAUUGUCGUCGCGUCCGCUGCGAUUUGUUACAAAGCACGCUCAUUCGUGCCGUUCCUGCCUCAUUGUAGUUGUUACUCAUGACGCCGUUCUUUCUUCGCCUACCGUAUAUAUAGUAUUCUGGAUACUCCCGACGGCUUAUUGUCAUUUUCUUAUCCUCCCACUCAUACUGACUUAC